AUGUACGCCGGAGAAGACUGUGCAACGGUCGAUCCAGUCCCCAUAGACCCUCCUAAGCGUCCCGCCCCGUCCUACACGUUCUGCAGCGAAAUUCAACCCGGCUCCAAGCGAACGUCGUGUCUGAAGUUUAGCCCAGACGGCAGAUACCUUGCUCUAUGGAACGCGGCAACCGGAAAGCAUGUAGGCUCCUUGCGGGGACACGACAACUACGCGUUUUGCUGUGCCUUCUACCAUAUCACUACGAUAUUUUCGGGCGGGUUUGACGCGCUUUUGAGAGUGUGGGACGUGGCGACCCAGAGCAGCAUACGCACCAUCUCAGCCCACACGGAACCCUUGUCGUCGGUGGCGACAGUUCGACAUGGCAACCUCAUGGCGACAGCUAGUUAUGACGGGCUGGUGCGCCUUUGGGACACGACGUCCCUGAAGCUGGCCAACACGCUGAAGCCGGUUGACGACGACAAAUGGCCCGUCUCGUUCGUCCGCUUCUCACCAAACGGCAAAUUUGUGCUGGCCGGAUACCACAAUAGCAAAAUACGACUAUGGGACGUGAACAACGGAAAGGCGUUGAGGAUAUACGAGGGUCAUCAGCAGUCAAAAUAUUGCACGCCAACCCACUUUGCGAUCACUGGCGGAAAGUACAUCAUAAGCGGUUCGGAGGACGGAGAUGUUGUCGCGUGGGAUAUGCAAGAUACCAGCAUUCUCCAGAGAUGGCGUGCCCAUGAGAGCUGCCUAAUCGCCAGCGAUUGCCACCCGCGUACGAAUCUGCUCGUGACCGCCGCCCUCGAUGACGACUAUUCGAUUAAACGAUGGACAUCUCCGCAA